AUGGUUUAUGAAGAACAUAAUACAAAAGGAACAGGAACAACCGAUAAAAAUUCUCACAAUGAAGAAAAUGUAUUAAAGCAAAAAACGUAUACCAAAGUAAUCAAAAAAAAGAAUGAUAUAGAUAUAAUUAAUGACAAUCAGAAUAAUGUUAUAUUAAAUGAGAAAAAUGAACAAAAUAUAUCUUGUGAUUUAGAAAAUGGGAAACAUGGUAAUUUAUUGGAUAAGGACAAAAAGAUAAGAGUGAAAGAAAAAGAUACCAUGCUUUUUGAAGGAGAAGGAAACCCUAAUACACUAAGCUUCAAUAGCAAUUCAACAAAUGAAACAUUAGAUAUUAAUAAAUCAAAUAAGAAUGGAGCAAUUUUAUAUAAUAUACAAGAUGAGAAUAUUAACAAAGAAGAGAAAGAUAAUAAAAUAUGUGACGUGAAUAUAAAUCCGUGUGAUGAAAAGGAAAAAAAUAAAAAAUCGAAAAAUUAUUAUACUAAUAAUAAUGGACAGGAUAAUGAUAAUGAUAAUAAUUAUAAUUAUUAUAAUAAUGAAAAUAAUCAUAGUGAAAAUAAUCCUAAUGAUGAAAAUAAAACUGAACUUGAUAUCUAUCAAAAUGAAUUUAAACAAUCUUAUGAAAUGAAUAAUAAAGGAUGCAAAAAAGUAUAUAAAAAUAAAUUGACAACAGAGGAAAAAAACAAAAAAAUGAUUAAUACAAAUAUAUAUGAACCUAACAAUUUUAAUGAUAAUAUUGAAAAUUCCACAUAUGAGAAUAAGAGUGAUUCUACAAAAAUGGAGAGUUAUGAAAAAAACAAUAAAACGUUAAAUAAGGAAGAGGACAAAAAUUGUUUUAUAAAAGAAAAUGAAGAAUCAGUAAAUGAUAUAAAUAAAGAAAAAGAAAUAAAUAAAACAAUAGAAAAUUGCAAUGAUAUAUUUAAUGAUCCUAUGAUAAAUCAGGGAGAUGAUGAUUAUACUCUUAUGAACAAUGUGAACAAUAAAAAAAGGGAAUAUACGAAAAAAUAUAAAAACAAGAAAAUAUGCCCACAGGAUAGUGACAAGUAUGAACCAAAAAUAAAUGACGAUGAAGAAAAAAAUAAAAAAAAGUGUAUGAAAAGAAAAAAAUUUGAUGUGGAAGAACAAGGAAAUGUAUAUAAAAACAACGAAAAAGAUAUUAUUAAUAGUGAUAAUAAUAAGAUUAAUAAUGUUUUAGAUGAUAUUAUAUCUAAAACAGAAAAGAAGGGUAAGAAAAAUGAGGACGAUAACAUUAAUGAAGAAAAUGUUGCUAAAUCUUUGGAAACAGGGGUAAUAAAACAUACAAAUAAAAUUAAAAAAAAGAACAUUAAUAUUAUUAAAAAUUAUGAUAUGACAAGUUCUAAUAAGGAUAUUAUUAGAAAUAUUAGCACAAUUACAACAAGUACUAAUAAUACUACAGCAACUAAAAAUAAUACAGAAACUAAAAAUAAUACUUUGGAACGUACCACUGCCUUUCAUAAUAAUAAUUAUUAUAAGGAAGACAUUAAUAUUGGUGAAGAUAUAAAUAAAUGUCUUGGUGAAUUGAAAAAUAGCCAAGAAAAGUCCCAGAAAGACAACACGAAUAAUGAUAGUGGAGGGAAAAAGAAAUAUAAGAGACUUUUGAAAAAUUUAGAAAUUGAUUUAAGCAGCAAAACUAUAGAUCAUGAUAUUUCUAAGAGGAUUAGAACAUGGAGUGGAAAUUUAAGUUUGAAAGAAAAAAUUAAUUAUUUUAUAAAAAAUAAUAUUGCAACGAAAACUGAAUAUAAAUAUGGAAAGAAACCUAAUACCUUAUCUAUAUGUAAUCAAUUUAAUUUAUAUAACCAUUUAACUAUGCUAAAUGAUUUUAAUAGAUUACAUUAUUAUAGAGCAGCUAUGAGAUGGACUGGACAUAAGGAUAUAUCAUGUGAAUCAGAUAGUAAUAAUAUGUUAGAAAAUGGAAAGAAUUGGACUAAUACAUGUUCUGUUAAUUCAAUAAGAAGUAAUAGUAUAAAUAUGAACAAUUCAAAUAAUGGUGAUAAUAAUACUUUAAGUUUAUGUUAUACUGAAAGUAUUAAUAGUAUGAUGAAUACUGCUAAUGUAAAUACUAUGGACAACUUGAAUUUAUAUAAAUUAAAUAAUAUGAAGAAUGGGAAUAAUCCAUAUAUUUUUUUUGAAAAUAACAAAGGUUGUUAUGUUUAUAAUAAAAACAUUAUUGAAAUAGGGACGGGUCCAUUAUCUUUAUUAUCCAUUAAUGCUAUAUUAAAUGGUGCAAAACAUGUAGAUGCUUUAGAGGUUAAUAGAGAUGCUUCUGAGAUGGCCAAAAAUUUAAUAGAAGGAUAUAAUUUAGAGGAUUAUAUUAAAAUUAUAAAUUGUUAUUCGAAGGUAUAUGAAUAUAAAGAAAACGAUAGUCAGAGAAAAUCAAAGAGAAAGAAUCUUUCAUACAACUUUAAGGACAACAGUUUGGAUGAACAUUAUUGUAGUAAUUUUAAUUAUGAUUUAAUUAUAAGUGAAGUCAUUGGUGAUUUUGCUUCACAAGAGGGAGUAGCUGAUAUAUAUUUGGAUUUACAUAAGAAAAUAUUUUCCUAUAGAAAAUAUCAAGAAUAUUUAACAAAUUGGAAUGAAUCUAAUAAUAGUACUGUGGAUUUGUGUUCUUCAAAAAUGGAGGUAUUAAAAGAUAAGGAAUUGAACAAUAAAGAAACAGAUAUAAAAGUAGGUAUAACAAAAAUAAACGAAGAUGAUAAUAUAAAAUAUGACGAUAAAAAUUUAAGUAAUAUUAAUAUUGAAGAGGAAAAAAAUUAUGAUAAAAAUAAUGAUAAAAAUAAUAAUAAAAAAUUUAAUGUUAAUAUUAUGAAUAAAGAGAACAAAUUAACAUAUAAUCAAUUUUCCUCUAACAACGAAUUAUAUAAUUGUGAAGAAUUCUUUAAUAUGAAUAUCAAAAGUAUUCCAUAUAGUGUUACUACAUUUUAUUGUCCUGUUAAGUUUCCAUAUACAGAUAAUAUAAUAUAUAAAAGUGAUCAAUAUCCUGAAAGAACUAUUAUUAGCCCUAAAAAUAAAUUAUUACAAUCUGUUACUUUAGAUUGGUCCAAUUUGACUUUAAAUAGUGAUGGCAAGGAGGAUACUACUGAUUUUGGGGUAUUAGAAUAUUUGUAUCUAGAACAAAAUAUAAUUAAUCAAGUAAUACAAAAGAGAAAUCAUAUAUUUUGUGUUACGAAAAGUGGUCCGUUUUGUGGAUUUCUAAUAACUAUUGAUGUGGAAAUAAGAAAGGGUGAACAUUUUGGUACUAAAUAUGGAACAUGUGAUAGUUGGUAUACUAAUAUUGUUUUAUUAAAAAAUGAAAUAAUGUUAGAAGAAAAUGAUUUAAUAAUUAAUAAAACAUAUACUAAUUUGUUAAAUUAUAAUGAACAUUUUGUUGAUAAAAAAACUGUAUUAGUUUCAAGACCUUCCUAUACAUUUUAUGGUUAUAUAUUAAGACCAUUUAAUGAAUGUACUAAUUUGGAUACCAUACCAGAAGAUGUAAAUACAAUGAAUAGUUCAUCUAAUUCGUUAUCAAAGGAAUUAAAUAAUUUAUGUAAUGAGGAUAAUUAUAUAUAUUUGGAUGACGAAUCUAUAUUAUUAUUAGAUCAAUUAAAUUUUUACGAAAAAAAUUUAUUAUCCACAAGUACAUGUAAAGAAAAAGAGGAAGGAUUAUAUGAUGACAAAGAUGGGGUGAAUAACAUAUAUAAUACUGAUGAAGUAAAAAAUAUGAAGGAGGAAUUUGAUAGAGACACUAUAAAAGUAGAAAAAAAACAUAUAGGAAAAAAUUCAAAACAGAAUGAACGAUCUCAAAAAAUUAAAAAAAAUAAAUAUUUUGCGGUCAAAAAAAGAUAUAAGAAAAAAAAAAUGGAAUUAGAAAAUAUGGAACAUAAAAAACUUUCUAAUGAAAGCAAAGAAGUUUAUGAAAAAGAUAUAGAAGAAAUUACUGAAAAUUAUAAUUUAAAUACACAAUUAUAUUUGGAAAAAUUAAAAGAUAAAAUUUUAAUAUAUAAAAAUAUAAAAUAUAGGAUAUUAACUUUUUAUGAUCCAGUGGUUAUUGAUUAUGAUGAACAAGCUACUGUGAUAUAUAAAAAGGAUGAUAUAUAUAAUAGUAAGGAAAAUAAUGUAAACAAAUUUGUGAAUAAUGUAUAUCAAUAA